UCAUUUCUAUAGUUUCUGACUUGAGAAAUGUGUUUCUAAAGUGUUUGAUCUCGCUAACCACGAUGAAGAGUCGGUGAUACUCUUCCCUGAGCGCGAAGCGGGCGAAAAGACUUGAUUAACUUCAUAUGCUUUUCGCUUUUGAUGACCGUUCACUGUUUCCUCUGGGGACAAUGAGGGGAAGAGUAUGAUCAGAGUGGUAGUGCUAUAAUGUCUAAUAUCAAUUGUUUUAUUUAUUAUUUAUUUAAGUAUAGAAUUAUAAGUUGUCUGUUACAAUUUGAUACAGGUGUGGAAGUCUUUAUUUUUUAUAAAGUAUGAAUUGCAAUCACGUCACACAAUAUCUUUUAUACAUCGCUGUUUGUAAUUUCAUUGUUUACAUGCCUCAUUUAAGUCCCUUUAUUUAUUAUAUAGAGAUAGAGGACGCUACGUCUUCAUGUUUUUUUUUGUUUUAUCUUCUUUAAACAUUUCUGUUGGUCUCUGAGAGUUAGCAAAUGUAAUUUCCUACAUGCUUCCUAAAUUCCUACAAUGACAAAUGAAGUGUCUUAUGUAGCUCAGUAGGGAUUUUUUUUUAGAGGUUUAGUUAUUUUGCAGAUUGUGAUCUAAAUAUCUAUCUACAAUAAAGUGCCCAAAGCAGCUCAAAAGACCUCCAGCUAAAACAUUACAAUGCUUCUUGCUCCUUGCAUUGAGUGAGAAUAAUCCAAUAACAAUUACACAAUAGCUCUAAUGGAGUGUCCUGGAUUAAUUCAGUAGUUUUGCCAAGGAUACGCGUGGUGCAGCACCAUUAUUUCCUCAGGCUUCAAUGCUGUUUUUUUUUUUUAUGAAAGUACAAAUGUGGGCUUGUACACUGAGCUUCUUGUUGGUAGUCCAGAGUAGGCGGGUUUUUACUCCACCUGCCAAGAAAACCGCUGGGACAAAUUCCGCUCUGCUGGCCUGGAGAAACACUCAAACCUUGACACACAAAAAAAAAAAAAGAAAAAAAAGAAAAAUGUCUCUAUUCUCCCUUUGAAAAGCGCUGAUGUUGAACUGUUUACUUCUUUCGUGUCACUGAUUGACGUGAGAAAUUGGAGGAGGAUUUGUUCUGGUCCUGGAGACGCAGUUCAGCCUCAUGCUGGUGCUCAUGCGGUCAGGAGAGGAAUUAAUUUUGAUCUCGUCGGUGGCUGAGUACAAACCGUUUUCAGACUUUUCUUGCAGGAAUUUUUUUUACAAUGCAACUUCAAAAACUGGACGAUUUAAUUUAACGCAGCAUUGUUGGCCUCACUCAUCCCGGCGAAAACAUGACACACAAAUGAUGUUUAACAUUUCUAUAGAUGGAGGUUCAUUCUCUAAAAACUUGGAGGACUUCGACUCUAUCCGCAGUGUUCUUCUUUACAGUGACUUGGAACCAGAAUGGCUGGAUGACAUUCAGAAGAAUGGCGAGCUUUUCUACCUGGAGCUGAGUGAGGGCGAAGAGGAGGCUGCACUGGCCCAGGUGAAUGCCAAUCAAGGUGUGUCCACUAAUCAUGUCCGCUUUAGCGAGAACGAAGCAGAGAUCAUCACAGAGCAAAAGAAGAAGCAGCGGUGCGGUUCACGGACAAAAGGCGAGCCCGCCCUUAAGAGGCUAGCCAGGAUCUUGAGGAGGAAACGCCGGCCGUCUCAGCGUAGAGGAGGAGGCAAGGAUGGGGGUAAAGACAACUUGGCUUUAUCACCACCAGCAUCCAUCCUGAAGAACCAACCAGGCCAAAAGCAGGGUGUGACUGUUCAGCAGCAGCAGCUGAAGGAAGUAUGUGUCUACCUCAACCCUAAACGUCUUGGAGGUUCAUCAACACCUCUCUCUGACAGUGGAGGCCUAUUGGAGGCUCUGCUCGGUGUGGUACAUCGUCCCUCAUGGAGCAGAGGACAGGGAGACCCUACAGUUGUCAGACACGAGGAAAGACUGACUGUUCAUGGAUUAAUACCCAACAGCCCAGCCAUCAAAUGUGGCCAAAUCCUAAUUGGUGACGUGCUUGUAGCAGUGGACGAUGUGGACGUGACCACAGAAAACAUUGAGAGGGUUCUGUCCUGCAUCCCAGGACCAACACAGGUGAGGUUGACCUUGGAGACAGUGGCUCCGGUGGACGGCAGCAGUGCUAGUGACACUUCAUCAACCCGUAAGACAAAGGCCUCUCCGCCAGUCAGCCAGCUGGUGCGUCUGCUGUGGGGCGAGGACACCGCAGAACUCCAGAUGUCCAUAGGACACAUCCCGCAUAUUGUCAUGUACCUGUCGCUUAAACUGGACUCAGCAUCGCCACAGGAGGAGGAGGAGAUCUUGUACCAGUACCCUGUGUCUGAAGCAUCCAGCCAGCUGAAAGGAGUGAGAGGGAUCUUCCUCACUCUGUGUGACAUGCUGGAGAAUGUCACAGGAGGGAGGAUCAUCAGUUCAUCUCUCCUGCUCGGGAAACAUCUGGUUCAUGUGGGCUACUGGAAGGAAAGCAACAACCUGUUGGUCGUUGGCCUUCCUGCUGAGAGGGUUCCUCUGCUGUAUCUGCAGACGGUGGUGGGAGACGUAGUCCGGACACUAAAAGUGAUGUACGGCUCUUUAGAAAGUGCGUUCUCUAAGGCGGACCACGCUCCCAGGUUGGACCAUUUCUUCUGCCUGUUCUUCCAGCAGCUGAUCCAGCCGUCCCGUCUGAGGGACGGCUCCUCGGCCCCGCCCCCCGACGUCUCAGGGACCCUUUUCCUCGACGGACUGCCAGCGGUCCGUUGGCUCACGCUGCCUCCGGAGAUCAAGAUGGAGGUGGAUACUGUUCUUUCUGAUUUUGAGUCUUCUGAUUUUGGCGAAAUGUCAGAGGACUUUUUUGGCCUGAGGCGUCUGUAUGUUAUUCUUGGCUCCUGUUUGUUCUACAAGUCCUACCUGAUCGCCAACCAUCUGCCUAAAGAGGACCUGCUGGAUGUGUGCCUGUACUGCCAGCACUACUGUCUGCUGCCGCUGGCGUCCGAGCAGCGCGUGGGUCAGCUGGUCAUCUGGAGGGAGGUGUUUCCCCAGCAGAGAUCUAACGGCAGCAGCGACAGCACUACGCCGGGCUACAGCCAGCCACAGGGACGACACUUCCUCCUCAUAGUGGGGCUGAGGCACUUCAUGCAGUGUGUGCUGUUAGAAGCAGGCGGAUGUGCUUCACCAGCUUUGGGCUCUCCAGGACCAGACUGUGUUUACGUGGAUCAGGUGAAGGCCACGCUGCUGCAGCUGGAGGUGUUGGAGGCAGGUAUCCAAGAGCGUCUGAAUGCUCCACCUGCUCCUUGCCUCUCCUGUGCCGACUGGUUCCUGCCUGCUGCCACCGCCCGUGACCGUCUGGACAGCCUGGCCUCUUCCUCCCCCGUUCUCAGUAAACUAGCCGGGGCGGUGAAAGGCUCCUCGUCAGGGUCCAGAGGCCGCAGCCUGUUUGGGGAGAAGUCCCGCAGGUCCAGCCCGCAGAGGAGUUUAUCGGACAGUGGGAGUGAGGGGCAGAUGGAUGCUGGGUCAGGGUCCAGUUCGUCGAUGGCUCCAGGCUUCAGUCCACAUUCCACCCCGGACUCAGGGAGGAAGCUCGGGGGGCGACGGGAUUCUCUGGGGUCUGGAGGGUCCGAUGGAAGUGGAGGCAGCGGAGGCCUCUUCAAGAUUCCCCGGAUGAAGCACCCGAACCCGUUCUACCUUGGUACCCUAAAGAAGACCCUGACUGAGAAGGAGACGGAGGAGAUGUAUAAUACCAUGAAACUAACCUCAGGUGCUGAGAACACCUUGUUCCACUACGUCCUGAUGGAAACUGUUCAGGGAAUCUUCAUCGCUCCUACUCACAGAGAAGUGGCUCAGCUCAGCGGCUCCAUUCACCCACAGCUCAUCCGCAACUUCCACCACUGCUGCCUCUCCAUACGGGCUGCGUUCCAGCAGAGCCUGCCAGCCAGGGGUCGUCGGGCAGCAGACAGGCCUCAGGGCGGUGGUUGGGGUCUGGGGCCCGUGAAGGAACACGGGGUCCUGUUCCAGUGUAAACCGGAGAACUGGACCGACCAGAGGAAACCUGCUCCCACCAUGACUUACUGGGUCAUAGGACGGAUGUUGCUCGAGCCCGUCCCUCAGGAAUUCUACGUCUGUUUUCAUGACUCAGUGGCAGAGGUUCCUGUGGAGAUGGCCUUCAGACUCUCCUUCGGCCUGGCCUUGUGAUGCGUCAUCUAUCUUUAGAUUAAAGUGACAAGGAGAUUUGUUGAUAUAAUGAAGCAUCAGUUGCAUUCUCAGGAAAACGCCUCCGACUGUGGUGCUUGUGGAAAGCACCUGAGAGGGAACACGUGGGAACUUUAUGCUGGUUUCUGUGGGAUAAUGUAAAAUGGGUCUACGUGGAGUCUGACUCUUCCAACGUGCCUCCAUUUUACAGAUGACUUUCUGCAGAUAACAGCAGAGCAUGACCAUGGCCUUACAGCAGUGAUAAGCAAAUAGCAGGCCGGCUGCUGGCCUCAAGUUCAAACCAGGACGUUUUUGUGCCUUGUUGUUCAACCAGGUAACAUGUUCCACAUCAAAAGCAGUUCUGGGCUGAACAGAGAUGUUUGUGUUUAUGAAAAGCCACUCAAUCAGUGAAUACCUCAGACAUGUUGGUGUAAACCUCUGAUAAGAGCAGACAAGGCCUUCCUUCGCCCUGACAGUUUGCUGCCUCUGAGUUUACAAAGCUGGACCAAUAAAAAAUGAUGCUGCUGCACACAUCUCCAACAAGGCAAAUAAGGCUAUAUUGAUAUUUUCACAAAUUAUAUGCAGUGUUGGGAAGGAGUUUCAUUUAUUAAUUUAAGUAUGUUUGUAUAGUUUUGUAUGGAAAUGGUUUCAUUUGUUACCAAAAUGAACAUUGUUUGAGAUUAAAAAACAUUUUUCAUUC